AUGUCACUCAAUGAGAAUGAGCUGUCGCAGCUCCGAGAAUCCCUUCAGGAUGCGGUCGUCAAGUGCUCUGAGCGAUGCCUGGCCGCAGAGCUUCUUAACGCCAUCCCCGAGCCUUCGAGCGAUGCCGAACCAGCCGACGCCGACACCGACGCCCAGUACGUCCCGACAGUCUUCACGGUGAACGCCGACCCCGAAGAAGCCCUGCUCGAAGCCAAGGAGAUCAACAAAUACCUUCUCGCCAAGACCCUCUUCGACUCACGGGAGUUUGAUCGUUGCGCCGCCGUCUUCCUGCCCGAUUCCGUACUCUCUGGUGUUUUGAGCUCCAACGUAGACGGUCCAUCAGGGCCGUCCAAGGGGAAGGGAAAGACAAAGACGCGAGGGGACGCCGAGACAGCGAGAGCAGCCGGCGGCAGCAGCACCGAGCUCCCCAGGCUCAGUCAGAAGAGCCUGUUCCUCGCCCUGUACGCAAAGUUCAUGUCCGGGGAAAAACGUAAGGACGAGGACUCGGAGAUGGUCAUGGGCCCCCAGGACCUGGGCAACAUCGUCAACAAGCAGUUAAACGCCGUCAGCCGGUUCCUCAGCAACUGGUUCGAUGAGCGGACGACGGACGACGGGGACGUCCUCGGCAGCCAGGGCUGGCUGGAGUACCUAUAUGGCAUGGUUCUCGCAAAGGAGAAGAACGAGGACAAGGCGAUGGACUACUUUGUCCGAAGCGUUCACCUCUACCCCAUGAAUUGGGGCUGCUGGCUGGAGAUGACCCAACUCAUAUCCCGGAUAGACGAUUUGAGUCGGAUUGCCGAGCAUCUCCCGCAAAACAUCCUCUCCUUCAUCUGGCAUCUCUACACAUCGCUCGAGCUCUACCAGGCCACCCCCGAACUCGCCAACUCGUUGGACUCACUCCUCGGAAUCUUCCCAAAUUCGUCGUUCCUUCUUACAUGUAACGCCAUGCUGUCAUAUCAUUCGAAAGACCUGGUCGCGGCCGAACAACAUUUUAGUCGAUUGCUGUCACUCCAUCCCCACCGGCUAGAUUCACUAGACCACUACUCCAACAUCCUCUACGUCAUGAACCUGAGGCCGAAACUCGCGUUCCUUGCGCAUCUCUGCUCGAGUAUCGACAAGUUCCGGCCGGAGUCCUGCGUGGUGGUAGGAAACUACUAUUCACUGCUGUCCAUGCACGAAAAGGCAGUGCAGUACUUCCGCCGAGCACUGACACUCGACCGAACGUGCCUGUCAGCGUGGACACUCAUGGGCCACGAGUACGUAGAGUUGAAGAACACCCAUGCCGCAAUAGAGUCAUACCGACGCGCUGUCGACGUCAACCGCCGGGAUUACCGAGCUUGGUACGGCCUCGGCCAGACGUAUGAAAUGUUGGAAAUGCACACCUACAGUCUGUGGUAUUACAAAAAAGCAGCUGGGCUGAGGCCUUGGGAUGGCAAGAUGUGGCUUGCCGUCGGCUCAUGUUUGCAAAAGAUGGGCCGGGACCAAGACGGCAUCAAGGCGCUGAAGAGAGCUUUGCUAGCAGACGCAUACUACGACGUCGGAAGCAGUUUCGGAAGUGGAGGGGAUCUUCUCAAUGGCCGAGGUGCGACGGGCCAUCUGGAUCCGGAGCUGCUAUUCCAGAUUGCAAGCAUGUACGACCAGCUUGGCGAAGAGGAAGAAUCAAAAGCCUACAUGGAGCUUUGUCUCGCCCAAGAGGGCGGGGAAGCCGCCGACAACGUCCUCAAUGAUUCGAUCGCCAUACACAACGACUCGCCAGGCGCAUCCGACGACGAAGGUAACGGAGACGGCCGCAAGGAGGGCGGGAACGAGGGAACGGGUGUCACGGCAUCGACGAGCAAGGCUCGAAUGUGGCUCGCAAAGCACGCCAUGCGGACAGCGGACUACAAGACGGCCAACCGACUGGGAACUGAACUGACGCAAGACGGCUUCGAGGUCGAGGAGGCCAAGGCUCUGGUGCGAGAAGCCAGAGCGCGUAUAAGGAACGCGGAAGUAGGCAUCAGUCCCUGA